GAUCUCGAAGGUCACUACGUUGGUCCGGCCUCGGGGGUCUCCUUUCUGGCCUGUGUGCGGAAGCGCCUCCGGUCUAGUGAGGGCUCGGAAUCCGCCUUCACAUUUGGCGACGCGCCGCUGCCGGAGUACGACGACCCCACGCCCUCCGUCAUGCUCUCUGUCGAAGAGAGCACCGUCCUGUUCCGGCGGUUCUUCGAAUUUACCGUGCCUAUCGAUCGAAUCGUCCACCAGCCGAUGGUCGAGGAGUGGCUUCGCGAGUUCCACGAGACAAUGGGCUCCAUGCGACAGGCCGUGGAUGCCCCCGCCCGGCGCGCCGUCCUCUGGAUGAUCUUUGCGAUGGCGCAGGAGCAUCUCAAUCAAGCUCCGCUCUCGAACGGUGAAGACAGAAGCAUCCGGUUCUUCCUCGCCGCCGACUAUCAGCUCGCCAGAGAACGGGCUACUGUUUCCCUGGCCAGCGUGCAGGCGCGUCUCUACCAAUGCUUCUGGCUGCUGGCGCGGUCCCGAGUCAAUCAUUGCUGGAGUCUCUUCGGCACCACUGCUCGCCUUGCGCUGGCGUUAGGGCUGCACCGGAAGCGCAUCAUCAACCCCCCCGCGGAUAGUCCGGCGAGCCGGAUCACUCUCGACUGCCGCCGUCGCACCUUCUGGACCGCCUAUUGCCUGGACAUUCAUCUCUGUCUGACCCUGGGCCGACCGCGCAUCUUCCACGAUGAAGACAUUGACCAGGAGCUGCCCGCGGAACACAGCCUCGUCGAGGAGCCCGUCGACCUCCAACCCACGGUGCCCACGGUGCCUACGGGCUACUCGGUGAUGAUUGCGCCGGUCCUAUACUACAGACUUCAUCGAAUCCUCGGACUAAUCUUGCGCCACCUCUAUGCGAUCCGCCCCAUCUCCUUGGCCGACCAAUGCCGUCUGGCCAAAGAGUUUUCGGACCGGCUGUCGCAGUGGCGUCACGACUUGCCGGGAUUUCUGCAGUUGCACAGCGGGAGCGCGCUGCCGCAGCUGCCCAUCCUGCAACGACAGCGAGACGUCCUGAACCUGACCUACUGGCAUGCGGUCAUCCUCACCAAUCGGCCGCUGCUGCUGACCAACUUUGUAACCGGGCGGGACGGUGGUGGCGGCGGUGGUGUGGUGGUAAACGAUGGGAUUAGCAAGUGCUUGCAGGCGGCGCUGUGCAUCGCCGACCGUAUCUAUUACAUGUUUCAGACGAGCGCAAUGUACCGAUCGUUCUGGGCCACCUGCUACUAUGCCUUCACGGCUGCGACGGUGCUGUUCGUGCACACGAUCCAGCAGGCGCCUGCCCCGGUCGAGGUCUACUAUCAGCACCUCAACGCGGCGACGCGAUGCUGCGAACAGCUGACGCGGUUUGUGCACGACAGCCCCUUGGUGGCUCAGUACGUGGCCGUGCUGGAGGAACUCCGUCAGGAGGGGCUGCGCCUGAUCGAGCGCCAUGCCAACAAUAAUGCCCCGAAGAGGGUCCCCGUUGCGCCUGACCCGGUCGACAUGACUAUCGCCGACUACGCCAUGCUGCUGGGGAUCUCAGUUCCGUGCCUCGAAGCCUUUGACGCUGGGGAGCUCAGCAGCGGUGCUGCCGCCGAGCCGGCGACCUGGAUGGAGUUCGAUGCCCUGGUGAGCUUGCCGCCUCCGUUUCGCACAAUUCUCGUUCGCAACCCUAACAGCUGGAUUCUUUAG